GAUGCAAAUUCCCUCCGCCACUGCUGCUGCUGCUGCUGCUGCUACUGCGCCCGUGUGCGUGAACGCGCAACAUCGCUGUCAUCAGUACAACAUCAGCAUCUUCCGGGGGGCGCGCAGAGAAACGGGAGGAGGAGAGAGAGUGAAAGAGAGAGGGAGAAGACACAUACUGGAUAACGGCUACGACAAAACCAUGAUGAUAAUGGAGUCGAGGCGGUGGAGGAUGUCGGAUUUACGAGGAAGGACUGUUCAAAUUUGACAGUAGGCGCGCGUUGACGGCGGUUCUCGAUGUUAUUCUAUUUCAUAGUUUGAUUUCUUCAUGCUGCGUGGACACUGACGGAGAGUAGAGGAAGGGGAGCACCCCCGGAUGCCUCGGAAGGUAAAACUGGGGGGUCCACUGCUGGCGCUACGGGCAAACAACACGCAUCUCGUCUCACGGAUGGUAAUAAAGGACAUCCCGAAGAUAACGCGGUGCUGAUGGAUGAAGAUGGAAAAACAGCUUUAACCCCCUCCACCCGACGACUGUGAAAUAAAGAAAAAUCCCAUUUUGAUGGAUUUUUGCCCCCAUUAUUCAUGGUGUAGCCCCAAGGAAGAGAGACUUAGGCAGCGAUGUUGAAUCACUGGUCUUGGUAAAUUAUUCAUUAGUGUUAUGGGUAGGUUAUGAUUUUGUAUUGCUUCAAUGUAGCAUUAUCCCACCAUUUAUUGUUACAAUGUUUAGCCUUGUGAGAUCAUGCACAUAUUUGCGGGUUAUAUUUUUGUCGGGUGGUUAUGUAGGCCCAUUUAAAAACCUCUAACAGCCACACAAGAAAGCGCCAAAGCGAAGGGAAUAAUAGCGCAGGAAAGGUUCGAUACACGGCACGAACGAAAUAAGAGUGAGGGGUGUCGAGCUGCUGGGCAUUUCUGUAAGAUUGGCGUUUUUUGCUUUAGUAAUCCGAAGGGGAGCGGGACGUGGGUGGAAGAAAGAUAUAAGGAGAGGUAAUUAAAAAAAACACGACCAAACAUGUUGCCUUCCCAAGAAGCCUCCAAGAUUUACCAUGACAAUUAUAUGCGCAACUCCCGGGCCAUCGGGGUGCUGUGGGCCAUCUUCACCAUCUGCUUCGCCAUCGUCAACGUGGUGGUGUUCAUCCAGCCCUACUGGAUCGGCGACAGCGUCAAAACGUCGCAGGUCGGCUACUUCGGCCUCUUCCACUACUGCGUGGGCACCGGGCCGUCGCCCAGCCGGGAGCUCACCUGCGUGGGCAGCUUCUCCGACUUCAGCUCCAUCCCGUCCGGAGCCUUCAAGGCGGCCUCGGUGUUCGUGCUGCUGUCCAUGGUGCUGAUCCUCAGCUGCAUCGCCUGCAUGGCGCUCUUCUUCUUCUGCAACACGUCCACCGUUUACAAGACCUGCGCCUGGAUGCAACUGCUGUGCGGAGUGUGCCUGGUGCUGGGGUGCAUGAUAUUUCCGGACGGAUGGGACGCCGAGGUGAUCCGGGACAUGUGCGGGGAGCAGACUGGGAAGUACUCCUUGGGCGACUGUUCCGUACGCUGGGCCUAUAUGCUGGCCAUCAUGGGCAUCCUGGAUGCCCUCAUCCUCUCUUUCCUGGCCUUCGUCCUGGGCAACCGGCAGACAGACUUCUAUCUUGAUGAUCUGCAGACAGACAAUAAAGAUUUUGCUGUGUCAAGGGUAAGUUUACCUUUGAAUUGUACAUUUCCUGUGAAAAGUGUGUCAGGAAUACAAAAACACAAAAACACCAAAGGAAACAGCAGGUUUUCAUUGCAGUAGGAGGACAGUAAAAUCCGAACCUCAACACUCAGGGGAUUCCAGACGUUUUAAGGUUUUUACACCAUCGAACUGUGAGGCAGGAAUAUUAUGUUCUGUUCUGUAUAACAGUAAAAUUAUAUAUAGGAAACAAAUGAUCUUCUAAUAUAGAUUUCUGACAGCAGUGUCCUCUCAGCAUUUUUUUUUCUUUUAGUUUUCUCAGCUUGUGUAGAGGUGCUGCUCCACUGCUGGAACUGUAUUUCUAUGUCUAUACAUUCAGGGAUCUUAAAAGAGGUUGAUGAAAUAACAAAUAAAGGUCAACGGUGAUGCAAUAGUGGCUGAGGUAUCCUGACCUUAAGCACUAUGUACGGCAGGUCUGAUAGCUCCCACAGCUUGACACCACAGCAGCUUUUCAUUAGACCUUUACUGCCUUUGAAUGCAGACAUUUCAAAACUCCCCCAGUUUGGUACACAGGCCUCAUGACUCACAGAUGUUUUCACAGGGCGGCUAAUACGUGUAUUAAAGUGUAAAAUUGGUAGCUUUCCCCUUUAAAUCUUUUAUUUUUAACAGGUUACUCCAUACAUUUUUAUGACACUUGCCUUGCUUUGAUUUCCUUGCUUCAGAUUGAGGUUCGGGAUAGAAGAGAGCCACGAUAUGGCGUGCAGCGUCUCCACUGAGGGCAAGGAUGGCACUGGAAAACUCUUCUCUUCUCCUUUCUCUUCUCUUCCUCUUUUUCUUCCUCUUUUGCUUUCUCUUCUCUUCAAUGAUCAGGAUAACACCCAAUUUCAAUGCAGACACCAAGUGUACAGGAUUCUGUAAGAUAAAAAAAACAACAAAAACCCACUGGGAUAAACUAUAUUUUGAAAAAAAAAUAUAUAUACAAAGGUUGUACAGUGCAUUUAACACUUUCUCAAUGAAUAUCUUUAUGACAAAAAAGGAUUUGCUCUAUAUGAAAUCUUGGUUUGUGUUAUGAAUCCAAUCCUUGAGAUGAAGAACCAUAAUGCCCAUCUAGUAUUCAUUGAUUUCAAAUCUUUGAUAACUUUGAGUUUGUGGCUCGUGUUCAUCCAUAGCUUCAGAAAGCAGAUCACAAAAUUUUCACAGACACAGUCAAGACUCGCAAUACAGCCGUACGACCAUUAGCAAACAUUCAAAACCACAACAGGGACUCGAAUGGCUCUUCAUCUAAGGACUUUGAACUAUGAGAAAUUUAACGGAGUACCCCACUGCAGCUUUACAGAAACUAACAUCUCUGGGAGAUUCUCUAUUGUACAUACUGAACAAUGUAAAUAACAUUACUGCUGACGAAAACAGCCGACAACAAAACCUCAUCUGACUCUAAUGCAUUCGAGUGUAGGAUUUCUACCUUUGGUUUCAGCGUUGCUCGUGCUGGAAGAGCAUCGGAGUACAGUAUGUGCAAAUCCAUCGUGUUUAUAGGACUCCUCACUGCUGAUUUGCUGGGAUUAGUCAGAUGGGAACAAAACGGAUAUCUUGGCUGGAUAUUCCACACCAGUGCAGAGCACCAUGAUUCAAAGCGAUUGUGUGUGAUCACAACAGGAAGAGAGACACUUCCCCCGCAUCAACAUGGCCUCAAUACAAGCCCCUUACUGUAGUAUUUCACCCUACAGUACAUGGUACAGAAUUCAAAUAGCGGAACUGGAAAGCAGCUAAGUCAGACUUAGAAAUCAUCGUUUCUUUCUUUUGUUUUUUUUUUUGAGUUCACAACUUUGUAAUACCCGUUCUCCAGUGUGCAGUUUACUCCAGUUUAUGGCUCCAGCAUACAGUGAUCGGUUUACUCUACAAAUGUCUUACGACUGUGUGAAUAUGGCUGCAUGAGUCGGCCUUCUCUCAGAGGGAAGCCCCAAGUGCUGCAUUGUCUUAAGAUGAUGUCACUCAUAUGCCUCUUCGCUGCUUGCUUGCAGUAGUCAUACAGUGGGAAUCUUAAGUGGGAUCACAAAUACCCCCCUUGGAAAAAAAAUUGAAAUGAAAUGAAGCCUGGAAGAGCACUCAGUUGACAGUGCAACUUGAGUCAGCAGACUACACUGUGAAGUUGUGUCCUAUUGUUUUAGUUUUAGAAAGACAGAGUUCUAGCUCUGACUAUUACUAGAUUCGUAUGUUUCUAAAGGACGAUUUAAGAAUGAAUGGGUUUAUCAAACUCAAACUUUACUCGGCCCAGUGGGUGUAAAGGCGAACCUACAGCUCAAAAUUCGCAGGUCACGUGACCUCGGUGUCCUCGGCGGGGGCUGAUCGUGGGCUCCACGUUUCCUUCAUGUAGCGCUCUUAUUACGACGUGCCACCAGGACCGCCCACGUUUCCGUUGCUCCCACGGCAUCUUACUUUGAUGUAGCACUCGAGAAAAUGCAUUCAUGUCGCGCGGCUGCUAACGACAGCCCUCAUUGGCGCACCAGCAACAGAACGGGACUUUCAAACCAGACAGCCGAGAAGAUGCAGUAUUCGUUGGACACAAAUAACUUCGAGGAACUCGUAGUUUCCUGUCGCUAAUCACAUGAACGCGCGUUCCCGCAUGGGGAUUCUGUGCUCGGGUCGACGGCGCCGCCCGCGUGAAGUUCGUGACUCACCGUCGGACCCGUGGGCACAGCUGUGACGCCGGCGCUGAUUGUCAGGAUAUCAGCGAGGCUGAUGAUGGGAUGUGAUGGGAACACGCGCCGGGCUGCUGUAAUUUGGAGCACAGCGGGGCUCUCGUCCCUCUCAGAGCGGCGCUUCAGGCUGACGCGCACGCGCCGCGAGUGGAGGCGCGAACGCGGGGCUCCGGUGAACUGUGCAAACGCGAAACGCGCGGGUACGCUCGUUGCGGACACCAGGUGAUGCCGCCGUGUUCUGUCAGAUGGACGGGACACAACAGAAAGUCCAGAGGUGGACUGACUGAUUGCACUGCGCUUUCUUUGACCCCGUCCAUGUUCUGUUUGGGCUGCCCUCUUAACACGCCCACAGUGAAGACAAACCUAUUUAGUGCCGCCAUUAUAUCCACAAAACAGUUCCACCCACGAUGCUUAAAGGUAAAGUCAAACGGACGGACAAACUUCAGGAAUACAACAAUAUCGCCGUCCAAAUGAUGCAACUUGCCCAAUAGACGUGGUAGUUGAUGGUGCACAGGUUGGUGGUGCGUGUCUGAGUGAGCUGGGAGCUGGACGUGCAGCGGGUUGUUAGUUGCUACUGUAGCUGGCUAACUCUCAGGAAGCUGUGGACACAGUACUGUAUUAAAGGCUCCUCGUGGAAACGUUGCAGCAAACACACACAGGGCAGCAGACGCACACCCCACGUUGGUGCGUUGCCAGUUUCGAGUGCCGAUGCUGGUUUUUCGACAAGCUGGGCCUUUAAGUCCGCACGGCCUCCGCACGGAGCCGGGCCUGAGCCGUUCAGUGGUUUGAUGAUACAGUACGAGUGCCUGGCCCUCAUUCACCAACAGCUCCUUCCUCACGCCAUUCAUUGGCGCACCUUACUGAGACGUCAGCGCGGCGGUGGUUCAUAUCCAACAUGUGCAUAACGCCGGCGGUAAUGUCUGUCAUACAGUAGAUAUUGUGAUUUGGGCAUAUCCAUACUGUGCAUCUUUUAUUUGGGAAUUCCUUCAUGGGUCCAGGGCAAAUUCUACAACAAAAUAAUGACGGGAAAAGCCCCCGAGGCCUAAGCGGUUACACGGGGCAUCCGAGCAUCAUUCUCCUGUGUAAUCGCUGGUUUGGCCUCCUCUCCUUCUCCGGGUACUCUGUUCUUGAGGACUUGACGAUGAACUGAAAAAUAACCUUAAAAAAAAAAAAGGAACUGACAAUACCUUAAACCCUGAUGAGCACAUAUUUGUACCACUCCAGGUGCCUCUAAGAACUCUUGAUUCAAUUCAGAUGUGGUGCGGAACCAGCAAAACAAGUAGUGAUACUGUAGUUUUUUUCUACUAAAGACUACAAACUCUGAAGCUGAGCUCUGAAGCCACAUGGGUUUCACUGCAGAUUUGGGGUCAAUUCAGUUUUAAAACUAAAAAAAAAGAUUAUGAAUACUUUUGCCAUUUAUUUGAAUGGACUUGGGGAAACAUUUUGAUAUCUACUGUAGAAGAUGAGAAAACCAACUGACUUUUGCUGAUGUUCAGUUUGUGAUUGAACUUCAAAGCUGAAUUCACCUCAAACAUGAAAUUACAGAUUCAUGUAAAGAUGAGGAAAAAGAAUGAAAAAGAGUCAAUGAGAAGUCGUUUCCGGUUUCUAGCAGCAAACGCGACGUUUGUUGACUAUGUACAUGUCAUUGAUGCGUCAAUGAUUUCAUCAUAAUUUUUUAUCAUGCAAUAUCAUGUAUAAAGACAUAUUGUUGGGGGUGGGACGGGUUGGGGGCCACGGUGAACUAUGUCCAGUGACUUAUGUUAUGAUAAUAGUUGACUUUCUGUUAACUCCUAAAAUGCAGAUGUUGCCAAAAUACCAUCAUCAUGUGUUAACACAGAAAAAAAAGAGAAAUAAUCCGUUUUUGUUUUGUAUAAGAAAAGAAUGAUAUACUGAUAUUUGUCACGUACUUCUGCUGAGAUCUUUGUUUUAUGUGUUAAAUCUUUGCUUUCGGUUUACGAAUUACUUUCUAUGUAUUUUUCGGUAUGAUGUAUGAUGAUUGUUGUUCUGUCACAUCAGAUUUUCGAUUUCGAUUCACCAACGGACGACUGCUCGUUGAAAUCUCAACAUCCAAAAAUGUACAAAAGUCUAUUUAUAAAAUGGCUCAAUCGUGGACAAGUGGAUCGAGUCUGAGAGAAGCUUUUCAUGGAUUAUGAUGACAUGCUGAUUUUUGGUUUUUAAAUUAUACUGUCUAAUUAAUUCCUAUUUGUGAAUAGUAUUCCAACUCACCAUGACGACAAUUUCUGUUAUUGAAACACAUUUUGAGAAGAUCGAAUAAAGAUAUUUUACAUUCAAAAACAUUA